UAACGAAGCAGAGCCAUUCAUUAUUAUUUUUGAUUCACACGCGAAGAGAGAGAGAGCAAAAGAGAGAAGAAGAAGAAUCAAACCAUGGCGGCUGCUGUAUCAUCUGUUUGGGCAAAGCCUGGUGCUUGGGCUCUUGAAGCCGAGGAACACGAAGAUGAGCUCAAGCAACAAGCCCCUCCCUCCAACCAGAAAUCUUCUGCCGGAGAUUCCUCCGAUUUCCCUUCCUUGGCCGCUGCGGCGACCACCAAAACGAAGAAGAAGAAGGGCCAAACCAUAUCUCUCGCUGAAUUCGCCUCAUACGGCUCUGCUAAGGCGGCGCCGGCUCCACAGACGGAGCGCCUCACUCAGGCUGAGCUUGUCGCUCUUCCGACUGGUCCACGCGAGCGUUCCGCUGAGGAGCUUGAUAGAUCUAAGCUUGGGGGCGGUUUCCGGAGCUAUGGCGGGGGUCGUUACGGAGAUGACUCCUCCAAUUCGAGGUGGGGUUCGUCUAGGGUUUCGGAGGAUGGGGAAAGGAGAGGCGGUGGAUUCAACAGGGACAGGGAAUCUAGCAGGGAUUCGGGUCCGUCGCGUGCGGAUGAGGAUGAUAACUGGGGUGCCACCAAGAAACCAAUUGGAGGUAGCGGAUUCGAGAGGAGAGAGAGAGGAGGCGGCGGCGGAGGAUUCUUCGAUUCUCAGUCCAAGGCUGAUGAAGUCGAUAGUUGGGUCUCCACUAAGCCUUCGGAGCCCCGUAGAUACGUUUCUAGCAACGGCGGUGGUGACAGAUUCGAGAAAAGGGGAAGUUUUGAAUCCUUGUCUAGAACCCGGGAUUCUCAAUACGGCGGUGGUGGUUCGGAAUCGGAUACCUGGGGGAGGAGAAGAGAAGAGAGCGCUGGAGCUGAUGGCGCACCACCACCGAGCAGCGGUGGCUCACGGCCGAGAUUGGUGUUACAGCCCCGCACACUUCCCGUUGCCGUUCCCGUGGCCGUUGUGGAGGUUGUAAAGCCGGAGAGUCCGGUCAUGGUCGCUGUAGAUAAACCUAAAGGUGCUAAUCCUUUUGGGAAUGCCAGACCUAGGGAGGAAGUCCUGGCUGAGAAAGGCCAGGAUUGGAAAGAGAUUGACGAGAAGCUCGAGGCUGACAAACUAAAGGACGUUGCUGCAGCCUUUGAGAAGCCUGAUGAGAAAUCUCCUGGGAAGUUGGGCUUUGGUCUUGGCAAUGGCCGUAAGGACGACGAUCGUACUGGAAAAAGUUGGAGGAAAAGCACGGAGCAAUCUGAGGAGGGAGCUGAAGAGGAUGAAGCCUCUGUAGAAGAGGCUAAGAAGGAAGAGACUGAGGAGGAACCAGCUGUAGAAGAAGAGGAUAAGAAGGAAGAGACGGAGGACAAAAACUGAAGGCAAUAGCACUUAGCUUAUGAGAAAUUGUGUUGUUUAAUAUGGAUAAGUUAAGUUUGUGUGGGGAUUGGGGAACUCAAUAGAAAAUUUUGGUAGGGUCUUCUUUGCUCUUUGCAGCAUACUCUUGUUGAAUUUUUUAGGGUUUUGGGUGUCGUUUAUUUUUACGAGCUGUACAAUUUCAUCAUAUUCGUUUUAUCGUUUAAUAUUUUUCUUCCGAGUU